AUGAACUUUUUGCUUAGGAAUUUAUCUGGUUCUCAAAAGGCCAAUUUUAAACUUAAUUCACUAGAUAAAUCAUUACUACUCGAGCCCGAAAAUCCUAAAAUUCUAAGAGCUCGUGGCGAAACUUAUCAAAGGAUGGGAAGAUAUGAAGAAUCACUUACUGACUUAAAUAAGUCCUUGGAGAUCGAACCAAAUAAUGCCGACACGUUGAAAAUUCGCGGGAAAACCUAUUAUAUGAUGGGAAAAUAUGAAGAGUAUCAUAGGGAUUUAAACAAGUCUUUGGAAAUUUUGGAAGUUAGUAUCACUGACGCAUUCUCCCUGGAAACUAAGAGAGGAAAGAAAAAAUCGAGCUCGGAUAAGCCUUUCAAACUUGAACCAAUAAAUUCCAAGCUUCAUAGAAAGAAACUUAACCGCAAAAAAUAUUUCUCGGCACCCUUUGACACCAGGCCAUUUUUGUUAGAUUCCCAGGAGGAAAAUGACAGAAUAUGGGAGGAAUUUAAAAAUUCAUUACAAAUUAAUUAA